UGUUGUAGAUCAUUAUGUUUAGUUAGUUAGAGCCACGUUAGAGCUUAUGUCGUCAAUGCGAGUAUUUACACAAAUUAUCAUCAACAACGCCUUUAACAACACUAACCAGCUUCUGGACAGUAUCAUGGUAUGUUGAAUGUUGAAAAGCAAAAACUAAUAACAAUCAACAAAGACAAGGGACCGAAUCACUCACACUCAAUGCUAUUUAGCCUACAUAAGUUUAUACGAUUCAAUGGUAGAGAAAUAGAUAGACUAGAGUAGUUUAAGAUUUCAUCAAACUAGGCAAUGGUUUGAAAUAUCUUGCUGUUGCUGACAACAUAAAUUAUCCACAUAGGCCUACUAAAUUCAUCCCAUCAACUCUUUCACUCUUUCUGAUGACUGGAGAUAAUUCAAUGACAGAAGAACCUCCUCCUUCAAUAUUUUCACUGCCUAUUGAAGUGUUACAAGUCAUUGGUGAAUAUUUAAGUCCUCGAGAUCUGUUGGCUGUGUCAGCAACAUGUCGUCACUUAAGAUCUGUGGUGAACGUUAAUCUUCUGUGGCAAAAAUACACAGGAGAUGGAAGCAUCAGUCGUGGUCUGGACAAUGUAGUGAGUGUUGUCAAGCCGAAAUAUAAGAAUCCGCAUACUACGAGUUUGGAAAACCUUUGUGAACAGAGGUUUCAUUUUUUAAAACAAAGUAGAUUAUUGAAUAAUAUAUAUAAUAAUAAAUAUAUACCACAUUCAAUACAUUUUAAGGGAUACCUGUCUGAUUUAGAUACAGCGAAACCAGUAAAUAGCCGCCAAAUAACAUAUGGGGGUAAAUAUUUGUUUUCCCUUUCUUAUUGUGAAGUUAGGAUUGAUGUAACUGAAGUAAUCACUAUUUUCGACUUGGAAAAUGAUUUAAAGGUUUUAAAGACUGUAGACAUUGCUCCCCCUCCAGAGUCAUAUUAUAUUAUUGCAUGGGUUCAGGUAUGUGGAGAUAAACUGGUUUUGCAAAGAGAUGAGUGGGUUGAUGCGUAUCAUAUCAAACUGCCAGAGUCCUUUGAACGAGUAUAUUCUAUUAACAUUAGUGGACAUGGGACUCUAGAGAUAGCUGGAACAUUGGUAAUAGACAAGUUUUUGUUUGUUGAGAACAUUACCAAGUGUGUAAUCAAUGUCUGGGACUUGUCUGAUGGUUGUCAGUGCAGUGAUCUUAAGCCUCAAAUUAAGUACAGCAACUUGAAAAUGAUAGGCUAUUCCCAUAGUGAAAUGUUAUUGCUUUUACUAACUGAUAUUCAUAUACAAUCAGGAGCAUUAUGUGAUCCUCAUUUACUUGUCUACAAUGUCAAAGUACAAGGUUAUUCAACUUUCAACCUGGUUUUGGAACCAGAGUUGUUCAAAUGUGAUCAGAUCUUUCAUUCAAUUGUCAAUGGUUUUAUUGAUAGUAAUUAUGUUGUGUUAUCUACUUUAACUCAUAAUGGCAGCUGGAGAUCAACAAUAAAUGUUUAUGACAGUAAAACAUCUUCACAAACAGCUACAAAAUCAAUACAAGAAACACAAAAUAUUGAAUAUGCUAAAAUGAUUGAUGGAUAUUUUCUCUUGCCAUCAGCAGAAAGCAUUGAUGUAUUGAGUUUAAAAGACUUAAAAACUGUUUGGAAGAUAAACAUUAAGGGAUUUCUGUUUUUGGAUGUAUUGUGCUUCUCUUCUCUAAGUGCAAUAAUUGUUGUCACUAGCUUUGAUAAUGUAGAAUUUUGGAACUUACAUAAAAGAAAAAAAGUUCUUCAUCUGCCUGAAAUUUCAGUUGUCACAUUAGACGACACUUGCACAAAAAUUAUAAUACAUGACAUAAAAGCUGAUAAAUUGGCAGUCCAUUCUUAUUGGUAAAAUAUGUUUAGUAAACUGCGCGUUUGUACAGACUGCAUGUAUGUUUAGGUAGAAAAUAUGGUAAUUUUUGUGGUUAUUUACAGUACCUAUUUACAUUACCAUUAACAGAUGUCUAUGUUUUUAAUACACCCACUAAGUUUUUUUUUUUAUUGAAUAGAUUUACUUCCUACAUAGUAAGAAAUACUUGCAAAAGAGGGAGGUUGCUUUCAUUGUAACUCCUUUUAGCAAAUUUCCCAUGUGGGGAAUAAGCUAUUACCAUGUUGGCAUAGUAAGCCCUAGACCUGAGACCGAUUAAUUUUGUUUGUUUUUAUGUCCCCAGAGGCCAAAAACUAUAUCCGUUACAAUUUCUGCAAUGUAAGUUUAUAUAUGUGUGUGUGUCUGAAAAAUGAUAACUCAUGUCAUUUUGGCCUGGUUUUUUAUUAAAUUUUGCAUGAUGGUGCAGGGCUGGAUACACUUAAAUGAGUUUGGGAACCAAUAAGGUCAAGUGAACAAAGUGUUAUGGAGCUUUAAAAAUUUUCUAAAAUUUUUACUACAGCCAUCAUGUAGAGUAAAAAGAAAAAUUAAUUUUAUACAUUGAAGCGUUGUUGUACAUACACAGAAGAACUAACAACAACAACACCACCCCCACUGAGGUGGAUUUCUUUUUCAGACAAAUGUCUGAUUUCAAUUUGGAGCUCUUGUUAACCCAUUAGAGCCGACUUACAAGUGCUACUCUUGCGUAUGCCGCCAGACUGAAUUCCGACUUACUCGCCUGUACUCAAGUUUCAUAACGCCACUAGUUUACAUAGUUCAGUAAAAAUUAAAAAAUUCGAUAGAUCGCUCUUGAAUUCACUUUUAUACUUAUUUGAGAUUACAGCUGUUAGGACCUGAAAUAGUUGUAGAGAGGCAAAAAUUGACAUAAUGCGUGUAUUAAAUACAUACUAGUGUACCUGUUGUUUGAAAUCAUGCAAUUGUCAAGUACCGGUAUUAUACAAGAGUUAUUUACUAACAACAGUCAUAAUUUUAAUGAGUGCUCAAAGUCGAGGAAUUGUCAAGUACCGUUACUAUACAGGAGUUAUUUGAAAACUAAUACAGUAACGGUCAUAAUUUUCGAUGAGUUUAAAAGACUGAACUCAAAGUUUAUGAAACGAAUGGAAAUACUCACACUGUUAACCCUUUGAGUGCCACGCAACAAUAUAUUGUUUUGCACAACACAUCUGAAAAAUACUUCACAACAAUAUAUCGUCGUCGGUAGUCUUACCGAAAAAUACAUUGCAACGAUAUAUCGGGCCGGCGCGACUUUCGAUCAUGUGAGUUUUAAUGGGCAUAUCGGUUGACUCGGUUCUUGUUAUAAAACAACGAUGAUUUCAAUGGAUUUCUCAUAUGAUCGAAGCACAAUAUAUCGUUCCAUGCACUUUUGGGAUGAAAAUUUAUACUUUUAUCGAUUUUUAUUCUUGCGCACUACGCUUCGCCCCCACGGAAAGCCUGGAACUUUUCAGACAUACUUAGUAAAAAAACUCUGACACUUUUCGGAGAGUACCAAAAUAAAUUUCUGGCACCCAAAGGGUUAAUAACAGUUUGAUAUAAUAAACAGUUGUAAAUAUAUUUUUCAGAAGCUGGCCUGGUUUUAAGACGUGUUUUCUACAAAUGUUUCCUGACCCGACAUACCCAUAGCUGUUACCAGUAAACAUUUCUUGCAUGUAUUCAUUUGAUCUGACGUUAGGCAAGUUGUGACAACACCAUGUGUAUAUUCUUCGUGUAUUUAUUUACUUCCAAAGUAGUUUGCAUAGCAGAACUGACAAAUAUUAUUAAUUUCUCCAAGUGAGUGUAUCUGGAUCCCUAACUGUCACACCAGGUCUCUCUUCUUCUACUUUUCUCAUCUCACACGCAAUAAGAUCUCUUAUUAAUAUUGUCUCCUCCUCCUGUUUUCAUUAUUUCUUUUUGAACUCGAGGCAUUUUCUGUUCUUGUCGAACACGAGGAAGUGUCUUGUCUAUAACCUCCUGAAUAUUAUAAACAUCAAUAUUUACUCCCAAAAAUGCUGUUGAGUUUAUUUUGAUAACCAGCUGUAGUUUGUUAUGAAAUUAGUUCUAUGUAAUUAGUCUUAUGGGGGAAAAUUGAACUUUGAGCGCGCCUCACCCCCUUAAGGGUAAGAUUUUUUAAAAUUCUAAAACCUUAAUGCAAAAAUACAAAUUGACACACAUUUUUAGACAUCUCAAACGUUGCAAUUAGUCCACAAAUAGGGGAGGAGUAGUGUUUACAAAAAGGGCCUAACGUAUUAUAGAUAAGAUAUAUAUAUAUGUGUGUGAUGUGGAAAGCAAAUAGUCCUCUUGUCGGGAAUUUUCGAUUUUGAGUUUUCUUUAUAUUUUCAUUCCUUAUUAAAUUCCGAAUCAAUUGGUGCAAGUCCCACACAUGUAUGAUUUUUUUUUUUUUUAAAGUUAUAGGACUUUGAAAUUUUGUUUUAGAAAAGGGUCAUUUUGAGAAAAACUGUUUUGAAAAUUUCAAAUAUGCAUAAAAACGGUGUUUUCCAUAUUUAAGAAACGAUUUUGGUAUCAAAAGAAAGCUUAUAAUGUCCUCUUUGGAAGCAAUACAAAUUGUUGUCUUAACUCACAGUAACUUUCAUUUGAAUAAUUGUUUUACUGCAGCAUGUCGUAAAAAUCACAAUUCAGAAAAGGGACCUCUUGUCGGCCCUAUGUUAUUUCUCCAUAAGAUAAGAAAAGGUACCUCUUGUCGGGACCACAAAAUUUGUGAGUUAUUUUGUUCUCCGUGAACUGAACUUUUAUGUAGUUCUCUAAAUUUCCACUAGAAUGUAGGACAAUUUAUUUUUUGGAAUAAAAUCUGUUUAAAAAGUGAAUAUUAGAAAUGGGACCUCUUAUCGUUAUGGUGAAAUAACAUUGAGCCACAAGAGGUACCUUUUCUCAGACUGUACAGAGGCUAACAAAAUGAUUUAUUUCAACCUUUUGCAUCUUCAAUUCGAUAUUUUAACCGAUACUGUAAUUUUCUAUGUUAAAUUAGGUAUAACAAUCGAUAAAACCCCAAAAUUCGACAUUUUCUACCUUAAUUACUUAUAUCGGCUGUACUGAAAAUUUUGCAUCUCCGACAAGAGGUCCCUUUUCGCUUUCCACAUCACAUAUAUAUAUAUAUAUAUAUAUAUAGAUAGAUAUAGAUAAUUAUGGGAAACAGUACAAAUAUUUAAA